AAUCAGGAGUAACCGGCCAUGGUCAUGGAGUCCCUCCAUACAUGCACCGUUCAACAGCCUCGUGCAGCAAUUAAUAGACUUCACAUGUCCUUCCAUUUCGCGGCCAUACUAUCCCUUCUUUACUACAGAAUUUCUCAUCUAUUCCAUGGUGAUGUACCGAUUUUUUCAUGGGGUUUAAUGACAUCAGCCGAGCUCCUUUUCACCUUCAUUUGGGUUCUAACGCAAGCUUUCAGGUGGCGUCCAGUGGCGCGAGCUGUAAACCUAGAGAAUCUUCCGAAGGAUAAGAUGUUGCCUGGAUUGGACGUGUUCAUAUGCACGGCUGAUCCUGCAAAGGAGCCAGUGAUGGAGGUGAUGAAUACGGUGUUGUCCGCCAUGGCAUUAGACUAUCCACCGGAAAAGCUGGCCGUGUAUUUGUCAGAUGAUGGCGGUGCAGCCUUGACAUUGUAUGCUAUGAAGGAGGCAUGUUCUUUUGCUAGGUCUUGGCUUCCAUUUUGUAGAAAAUAUGGUAUCAAGACCAGAAGUCCCGAAGCCUAUUUCUCAUCGUUAAGGGAUGGUGCACACUUAGAUUGGAGCGAAGAGUUGAAGGAAGAGGAAGAAAAAAUUAAGGCAGCAUAUGAUUUAUUCAAGAAAAAUGUCGAAAAAUUAGGUGCGAUUGAAGAAUACUCAGCUAGGCACGACCGGCCUCCCCAUGUUGAGGUGAUCCAUAAUAACAUAGACGAUGGGACUUUGGACAAGGAAAGUAAGAUGCCACUUCUUGUUUAUGUGUCUCGGGAGAAAAGGCCAACACGCCCUCAUCGUUUCAAAGCUGGAGCUCUCAAUGCUCUUCUUCGUGUUUCUGGAAUAAUGAGCAAUGCGCCUUACCUUCUAGUGUUGGAUUGCGACAUGUAUUGCAAUGAUCCCCUCUCGGCCAAACAAGCGAUGUGUUUCCAUCUUGAUCAUGAGAUUUCUAGUUCUCUAUCUUACGUGCAAUUCCCUCAAAUUUUCUACAAUGUCAGCAAGAAUGAUAUAUAUGAUGGUCAAGCGAGAUCUGCUUACAAGACUAAGUAUCAAGGUAUGGAUGGAAUAAGAGGAUCAGUAUGUGCCGGCACAGGCUACUACUUGAAGAAAAAGGCCUUGUAUUGUCGUCCAAAUCAUGAGGAUGAGAUGCAUGUUGAGCCGGAGCAAAAAUUUGGUUCCUCCAAUGUUUUCAAUGCUUCACUCAAGAGCUUGAACGGAAGGCAGUCCAGGAGGGAAGAAAUCAUAUCCGAUGCGACCGUGGAAGAGGCAAAAUCCCUUGCCACUUGUACAUUUGAAGCAAACACGAAAUGGGGAAAACAAAUUGGCUACUCGUACGAAUGUUUGUUGGAGAGUACUUUUACAGGUUACCUUUUGCACAACAAAGGAUGGAAAUCUGUUUAUCUUUACCCAAAAAGGCCAGGAUUUCUUGGCUGCACCACCAUCGACAUGAAGGAUGCCAUGGUUCAGCUCAUGAAAUGGGCUUCUGGAUUGGUUCAAGUGGGAUUAUCAAAAUACAGCCCUUUAGCAUACGGAAUCUCCAAUAUGUCCAUCCUCCAAAGCAUGUGCUAUGCCUACUUCACAUUUUCACACUUCUUCUCCAUUGCCUGCAUCUUGUAUGGCAUCGUUCCUCAGCUGUAUUUCCUAAAGGGAGUUUCUUUGUUCCCCGAGGUCUCCAACAAAUGGUUUGCACCUUUCGCGGUGGUAUAUACAUCUUCUCUUCUUCAGCAUUUAUACGAGGUCCUUUCUACUGGAGGCUCAAUUUUAACAUGGUGGAAUGAACAAAGAAUUUUUUUGAUCAAGUCAGUUACAGCUUGCUUCUUUGGGUGCCUGGAUGUAUUGCUAAAACAACUAGGAGUAGCAAAGGCCAGUUUUAGGUUGACCAACAAAGCCGUCGACCAAGAAAAGCUUGAGAAGUACGAGAAGGGCAAAUUUGAUUUCCAGGGCGCUACACUUUUCAUGAUUCCUCUGACGUUACUAGUCAUCUUGAAUGUGGUCUGCUUCAUCUUUGGAGUGAAAGGGGUUAUUUCGAAGGGAAAUUCUGGAGAGAUGUUCGGACAAUUACUUCUCUCGUCCCAUAUUCUAGCUCUUAGUUAUCCCAUUCUUGAAGGACUUGUACCCAAGAAAGGGAGAAAGAAGCAGAAAAAUUUUUAACUGCAUGUAAUACCUACCAUACUCACCCUGUGGAAUAAAUAAGAGAUGUCGGCUUAAUUUCUUC